GGAGGAAGAAGAGGCGGUAUUCUUGUUUAAGGCUAGAGCACUUCUUUUGGCUUUCGGUACGAAGCCUGGGGAGGAAUGGGAUGGAUCGGGAGGAAAGACACUACUAUGCGAUACGAACAUGGAAAUAGGGCGUGGCGUAUUAGGAGCUCGGUUCGGCCGUAAGGGGGACAGAGAGCGCGGGGUUUGACUAGCUAAUGGUGGGGAACGAGCCAAUGGAGUGGAACUACGAACGAUGGAGGAGGAAGAAACCUUUGCUUUCACUGUUAUGGAACGCCCGACCCGCGAGGUUGCAUCUCCGGUCCGAGUUGGUGAUGCGGCUCGCGACGCAGGGCGCGAAAGGACCUAGUUCCCACGUUAUUCUGAGCUAUUUAGUACUUGGAUCGUCGUAAUUGCACACCUUGCGCUUGAUGGGCCCUUCCAUCGCUCGUCGCUCCCUUUGGAACACGGGUUGAAA